AUGGCGCAAACGCAGCCGCCCAAGAUAGGCGAGAAACGAGGCCCAGGAAGACCACCAAGGUCCGCCGCGCCCCCGCCUAAGAAACAGAAGAUCACAGCUCCCACUCCUCCAUCGCUCGCCAGCCCGAUUACGAGGUCGCCGGCCGUCGACUCGCCUGCACCAGAGAAAAGAGGCCCUCGACUGCCAGCAAAAGUUGUUGACAGCAAGCCUCUGCCCAGCCUCCGAGAACCGCAGUCACUCACCCUCUCCAAUGACGAAUAUCAGACCAUAGCAGCAACCGCAGUGUUGCCAUCCUCCUUGGAAAGAUCAAGACAAAAGUGGGUGCACGAUGGCAUAUUCGAGAAAUACUGGGUCAAGCCAGAGCCUGUCAAGUCUGGCAAACCGAGCAAGCCGCUCCCACCGAACAACCCAGACCACAAGUUGCAAAAGCAUAAGGGAGAAUGUAGGAUACGCAUAGAGCCCCACAUGCUUGUCGCGGAGGUCUACGUGGACGAGAAAAGCAAACCACCUGCGCCUGCGAAGCAGUAUGCACAGAAUCAUGGCCAGCCAUACCGAGCACCGCAGCAACCGUACCAGCAGCCCCAAACGAACCAGAACAGAACUCUUCCACCACCGACCCAGAAUGGCGCGACCUUACCUCCGCUCCAGCACCAACCACAACGAAGUCAGCCGCCUGCUUCUCCUGCUCCUGUACAGCAGCAAGAUAAGAAGGCUCAACCAGAUCCAGUCAUCAGCAUGCUGGCUAAUCGAGCAUCGUCUGAUUCCGAGCUCAAAGCUCUAAUGAAAGAGGUAGCCACCGGAAAUGCCACGCAAGACCAAUUGAAAAUCUUUCAGAAGCACAUCGAUGAGCUCACGUCUAUCAUACAGAAGCAGAAGAAAGACGAGGAAGAUCAAGCGGCGCGGGAACAGCAACAGGCAAACAUGAUCCAGUACGAUGGUGCAGCAGACUUGAAGCCACAAGCACCCGCCCAACAACCAAUACAGCCGCAACAAUCGCAAUCGCAGCAGUCGAGGCCACCCUACCCUAUUCCACAGUCGUCAGCCCCGAGCUAUCAAAAUCAGCAGCCGACGUGGACACCUCCACCGCCGACCAACUUGCCGGUCAUCUUACAAUUCACCACCCAAGGAGCAAGCGAAGAUCGGUUCUUAUUUCCCCAGAACAGCAUUCUGGAAUCGCUAUCUCCACAGCAUCUUCUCGUUAGCUUCAUGCUGAUACGGAAAGGACGCGAGGCAGUUGAUGCCAGCGGACUGGAGCCCGACCAGGAGUACUGGCAGCCGAUCACGAUGAUGAUCGAAGUCGCAUAUGGACGAGAAGAAAUCAUGAACUGCAUCAGGAGGUGGUGCAAGCCGGCGGAGGAGGUGCGAAAGGGUAUGGAAGACACAAUGUCGCGGUGUAAACGAGCACCUGAGAGCUAUCUGGCCUUGCGAUUACCUUUCAAGAGCACUCUCACCACCGAGAGCGAAGAUGUUUCGAAAGAAGUCACGCCCGUCUUGGCCGGUGAAAAGCCAAAAGCCGUCAAAUCUUCUGUAAAGUACGUGAAGAAGGCGGUGGCGGGUCCUACAAAAGCUUCUACGUCGAACGACAAGCAGGACACCAAUGUGGCGAGUAGUAAUGCGAACGGUCAGCUCAAAGAGGAGGCGUCCACAUCCGUAGGUGACGGCGUCAAUGCCGCAAACGACGAGAUUGCUGUAUCACAAACAGGAGAUGGUGCACAGCCCGAACCCAACGACUCCGGACGUCCAAGGCGGGCAACGCGCAAAAGCGUCCGAAUAAGCGAAGGUUAA